AUGACAACCUCCCCAAGUUCUCUUCCAUCUCAGGCUGGCCGGCAGCCCACCAUCCAUGGCCUCUCCCAGAUAACCAACAGCCUGUACAUCAGCAAUGGUGUGGCUGCCAACAACAAACACAUGUUGUCCAGCAAUCGCAUCACAACGGUCAUCAACGUGUCAGUGGAGGUGGCGAACACGUUCUUCGAGGAUAUUCAAUAUGUACAGGUACCUGUGGCAGACGUUCCCACCUCGUCCCUCUAUGACUUUUUUGACCCAAUUGCUGAUCACAUCCACAGCGUGGAAAUGAAGCAGGGCCGCACAUUGCUGCACUGCGCUGCUGGAGUGAGCCGCUCAGCUGCCCUUUGCCUUGCCUAUCUCAUGAAAUACCAUGCCAUGACUCUGCUGGACGCCCACACAUGGGCCAAGUCGUGCCGCCCCAUCAUUCGGCCCAACAACGGCUUUUGGGAACAGCUCAUCCAUUAUGAAUUCAAGCUGUUUAGUAAGAACACCGUGCACAUGGUCAACUCGCCGGUUGGUGUGAUUCCCGAUAUCUAUGAGAAAGACUUGAAUUUGAUGAUGCCGUUGUGA